AUGAAGUCCUUCCUCGCCAUGCCCGCGGUUUUCGCCCUGGGCGCCCUCGCCACCGACUCGUCCUCCAGCUGGGCAUACACGUGGACGUUCUCCAGCAGCCACAGCACCUGGACGUCGGCGACCUACGCGGCCGUUGCCAACGCGACAGCCGCCACGGCCGUCGAAGCAGUCGCCUCCAGCGCCACCACCACCAAUGCGCCGUGGUCCGAGUGGCUCUACACGACCUCGUACACCGCGACGUACAGCUCCGGGAGCUCGACGUGGGACAUCCCCACGACGGUCAGCUACAGCGAGGCGCAGAACUUCACGAGCAUGAUCGCCGCGCCGACCACGGCCGUGUCCAGCAGUUUGGAGGUCAAGGCCACGACGACCACGCCCGCUAGCGUUCCCGCGAGCACGACGGCCGUGGCGUCGGUUUUCACUGGUGGUGCUGUCAGUGAGAAGGCCAUGGGGUUGGGCGCUCUGGCUGUUGCUGGGUUGGCUUUCGUCCUAUAG